UAAGUGUGACCCACACACCCUGGCCUGGCAGGGGGAGUUCAAACAUUGACAUCCCAAAACCCAGCAUCAGUUUGUUUUAUUAAUCUCGUGCUCUGGGGGGUUUAUUACACGAUCCUUGGGAGAUGCGGGGCUGACUUGUUAGUUUUGAGCAGUGCGGGUUACCAAUUCUGCACCUUUUAUAAAAGCCACCACUUCUCUAUUCCCACAGGCUGUGUUUCAGGGAGGGAAAUACCCACCUGCUCACAGCAGCCAGAGCGAGCAUGUUCCUGAGCUUAGGGAAGUGAAACUGUCCAGGGGGAGCCAGCCAGAGCCUCAGGGAGCCCUAUGGGAUGGCUCCAGGAUGAAGCUACUGGUGCCGUCGCUCUGGUGUAUUGCAGAGAACCUGUCGCUCCAGAGUGUGGGAGCAAUUUCUGCCUAUCUGCAUCCCCCUGUGGCGUGAGGGAACCAUUACGUCCAUCCUCUGCCCUCAGCGCAGACCAGCUGUGCAGCAGAGAAGCCUCAGGCCAACCAGACAGCUGGCAAAUUCUAGGGGAGGGCUAGUGUAACCUAUGCCUGCUGGGUGUGGUGCGCUGUCCCAUGUAGUGGCAACGACAUUAAUGAGUGUGCUACAGGGCUGGCUAAGACCCCUGUAGCUUUUAGCUCAUGGGUGGAGGCUCAGGCAUUUAGCUCCAGAAGUCCCAGGUUGGAUCUGGCCCACCCACAGCCAGGAUCUGUGGGCGUUACUCCAGCUCCGCUGUUGGUAGCAUUGAGAAGCCCUUUCUGUUUAAAUGAUGACGUUUCUUAGCACUUUAAACUCAGCAUGUAUGCUUGGAUUGUGUUGAAAUUUGAUAUGCCUUACAGGGGGCUGGGAUAGGGCUGGAGAUCCAAAAUUGGGGUCAUUUGACCAAGAUACAGCCCUCGCUCCCCAGAAAAAAUAAGCACUUUUCUUAAGGCUGACUGAUUCUACCCACAAAUUUCUGCACACACAUGGGGAUCAAAUCGUGGCUGUGAGCGGGCCCGAGAGGGUCUCUCUGACAGUCAGCCCCAGCUGAUGUGUGGCACCCAUCAGGAGAAGCUAUAUUAAAAAAUGUUACUUUCAAUAAAGAGUUAAUUUCUCCUGGUAGGCUGGAGCCUAAUGACCACACAGCACAUGAAUUACUCUGCGUGCAUGCAGAGUAUGUAUGAGAAUUGCUCACCAUCUAGUUUUCAUACCCCAGGACAGUGGCUCUCAACCUUUCCAGACGACUGUAUCCCUUUCAGGAGGCUGAUUUGUCCUGCCUACCUCCAAGUUCCAUCUCAUUUAAAAAUGACUUGCUUACAAAAUCAGCCAUGAAAAUGCAAAAGUAUCACAGCCACUAGUACUGAAAAAAUGCUUCCUUUGUUGCCAUAUAAUUAUAAAAUCAAUUGGAAUUUAAACCUUGUACUUACAUUUCAGCGUAUGGUAUAUAGAGCAGUAUAAACAAGUUAUUGUCUGUUUAUUUUAGUUGGCACUGACUUCGCUAGUGCUUUUUAUGUAGCCUGUUUGUAAAACUAGGCAAAUAUCUAGAUGAGUUGAUGUACCCCGUGGAAGGCCUUUGCAUACCCCAAGGGUAUGUGUAACCUCAGUUGAGAACCACUGCCCUAGGUGGCUGAGCAGAACUUAAGAGUCUUUAGUAAAUGGAAAUAACACUUGUGUAUUAUAAAUUCAACACCUGCUGCUGGCAGAAAUCUGCAAAUGAAACCUAGAUUGACUCCUGCCUGAGAACAGAUACGGGCUGGGCUUCGAUCUUUAGACCUUGCAGUAAUAAAAAUAUUACCAUAAAUGCCAGAUGAGGAACAAGAUGAUAUUUUUAUUGGUUUGCUAAGGGAAGUUUCGUUCUGGGAGUGAGGUGAAAGAAGAGUUGAAAAACAAAAGAGUCAGUAAGGUUUUGAAGAAAAGCAAAAGAGGCUCCUCAAACCUGUUACCUUCAUCUGACGAGGGAUAUCUGGAAAAGCCUGGUGGAUAAUCAGCUGAACAUGAGCUCCCUGAAAAUAAGCCUGCUGCCGCCAUGGAAACUUACCUUUCAGUAGGACCGUGUGUGCGUCUUUAAGGGCUGAAUGACUGUCCUGUUCCUGUUACUUCUCCAUGUUUAUUUUCUGAGUGGGUGAGAGCAUCAAGAGAGAGACACUUCUGUUCAGUGGAAAUCAAACCAAACCCUUCAAUUAAAUCUGCGAGGAGAAGCGGAUCUAAAUAACUAAUUCUGCAGGCUCAUAAAUGGAAAUAUUUGCUUGCAAUGGGAGAGAAGAGAUGAGGAUUUAAGAGACGCUGUAAGAACCAAUGAGAUCAUGAAAACACUGGGAAACUUCUGCCUGGGAUCCAUCAGACAGUUACAGGGAAAAUGAAAUUAUUGUCUCUCCACCAUGGCUCCACGGGAAGCAUCUCUCUGCCUGGCUUCAUCGUUUUCUUCAUUAAUUUACCGAUUUACAACUUGGUGUCAGCCCAGUUCACAGUCAUCGGACCAGAUCAACCUGUCACUGCUAUUGUGGGUGAGGACAUUGUGUUACCCUGUCACUUGUCUCCCGCAAUGAGUGCUGAGAACAUGGAGGUGAGAUGGUCCCGGUCCGAUUACUCUUCCUUUGUGCAUCGCUAUCGUGAUGGAAAGGAUCAGACUGAAUAUCAGAUACCAGAAUAUACAGGAAGGACAGAGUUUCUGAAAGACGGCAUCAGAAAUGGAAGUGUUGCCUUGAGGUUACAUAAUAUCAGACCCAUGGAUGAGGGGCGAUACGCGUGCUAUUUUGAGUCAACUUCCUUUUAUAACGAUGCCCAUAUGGAACUGGAGGUGGCAGCUCUAGGUGCUGCUCCUCUCCUCUCUGUUGAGGGUUAUCAGGAUGGAGGGAUCCGAGUGGUGUGCCGAUCGGCCGGGUGGUACCCAGAGCCUGAGGUUUUCUGGAGGGAUCUCACUGGACAACAUGUACCAUUGCUGUCUGAAAGAACAUUCCAAGAGGCUAAUGGCCUGUUUGAAACAGAAACUUCUAUAAUCAUAACAGAAACCUCAAACCAGAACAUCUCCUGUUCCAUUAGGAGCACUCUCCUCAAACAAGAAAAGGAAUCAAGAAUUUAUAUAGCAGAACUUUUUUUCCCGAAGAAAUCUUUCUGGAUCGCCAUUCCGUGCACGAUCAUGGUUAUUCAGUUUUUUGUUAUUGGUUUCUUAAUUUAUCACUUGAAAACAAAAGGUAAUACAUUAAAUAAAGGAAGGUGGAGAGACUGCCUUACAGAAGCAGAGAAGGUGACCCUGGAUCCAGACUCAGCAAAUCCCUACCUCAUCUUGUCGAAGGAUCAGAAAAGAGUCAGACUGGAAGGCGUAGACAAGAAGCUGCUCGCCAAUCAUGAGGGAUUUCGUUAUUCUCCCUGUGUGCUGGCCUCUGAGGGAUUCACCUCUGGGAGACAUUACUGGGGGGUGAAAGUUGGGAGCAAAGGAGGCUGGGCUGUGGGGGUGGCCAGAGAGUCUGUGCGGAGGAAGGAAGGAGUAGUGAUCCUUAAGCCUGAGGAGGGGAUCUGGGCUGUAGAGCGACAGUGGUGGGGUGAGUUCUGGGCUCUCACUAGCCCUAUGACACUCCUUUCCCUAAGUAGGAAACCUGAGAAGAUUCGGGUUUCUCUGGACUACGAAGAGGGGCUGGUGGAAUUUUUCGAUGCUGAUAAUGUGAAACCGUUCUACGCUUUCCGCUCGGUCUCUUUUACUGGCGAGAAAAUCUUCCCUUUCUUCCGGGUUGGGGGUGCAGGAGCCCACCUCAGAGUGUAUCUGUGAGAAAGGGUACAUUAUUCCACUUGGACUCAUUCAAAGGUGUUCUCAUCAACUUAGGAUAUCUUUCAUUCAGUUUACAAAGAUCACUCAUAGCUCCUCUUUUAACUUUGUACUAAUUCCCUGUAAAUGAAGACAUUUUUGAAAUAAUGGAUGUAUUUUCUGCUC